AUGGCUGCACUGAUCACGAGCGCUCUUUUCUUGCUGGCUGUUCCGGCUCUGGCAGACUUGUUUCCUGACUGUGUAAAUGGGCCACUGUCCAAUAACACUGUCUGUGACACCAGCGCACCAGCGGCAGCUCGAGCGCAAGCUCUUGUCGCUGCCCUGACGAUCGAUGAGAAGUUUAACUUGACAGGAAAUACCUCACCAGGAGUGCCACGACUAGGCCUGUACAGCUACCAAUGGUGGCAGGAGGCGUUGCAUGGCGUCGCCAGCUCUCCAGGUGUCAACUUCAGCAGCUCUGGCAACUUUUCCCAUGCGACAUCGUUCCCACAGCCGAUUACGAUGAGUGCGGCGUUCGAUGAUGCAUUGAUCCAUGCAGUUGCCACAGUGGUCAGUACCGAGGCGCGAGCUUUCAACAACGCCAACAGAAGCGGAUUGGAUUACUGGACUCCCAACAUCAAUCCCUACAAAGAUCCUCGAUGGGGGAGAGGACAAGAAACUCCAGGCGAAGAUCCAUUCCACCUCAAAUCGUACGUUGCGCAGCUCAUUGACGGACUUCAAGGUGGCCAUGACCCACCAAUCAAGAAGGUGGUGGCCACCUGCAAGCAUUUCGUUGCCUACGAUCUCGAAAUGUGGGAGACGUACGAUCGAUACAACUUUGACGCGAGGGUUACGACGCAAGAUCUGGCGGAAUAUUACAUGCAGUCGUUCCAGACGUGCGCGCGGGAUGCAGCCGUUGGGUCUAUUAUGUGUUCGUACAAUGCUUUAAACGGUGUACCCACCUGUGCGGACCCGUACAUUCUCCAGGAUAUUCUUCGAGACCACUGGAACUGGACUGGCGAUGGUCAGUAUGUGACCUCGGACUGCGAUGCUAUCCAGAACAUCUAUGCGCCUCACUACUACGCCCCGACUCAGCAACAAGCCGUGGCUGACGCUUUGACCGCGGGUACGGACCUGAACUGUGGCACAUACUACCAGACAUGGCUCCCGCGAGCCUACGACCAAGGGCUCUUCAACGAAACCGUGAUAGACCAGGCUCUUGUCCGCCUCUACACGGCGCUCGUGAAGUUGGGAUACUUUGACCCUGCUUCCGCCACUCCGUACCGCUCUCUCGGCUGGUCCGAUGUCUCGACGCCGGACGCCGAAGCGCUCGCCCUCCGAGCCGCCGAAGAAGGCAUCGUGCUCAUCAAGAACGACGGAACUCUCCCCCUGCAGCUCCCCAGCGACCACAACACAACCGUCGCGUUGCUCGGCAGCUGGGCCAACGCCACGACGACGAUGCAAGGCAACUACUUUGGCGUCGCGCCCUACCUGCACUCGCCACUCUACGCCGCCCAGCAACUCCCCAACGUCAAGGUCGUGUACGGCGGCGGGUUCGGCGUGCCCACCACGGACGGAUGGGACGAGCUCCUCGGGGCGGCCGAGGAAAGCGACAUCAUCAUCGUCGCCGACGGGAUCAGCAUCAACGACGAAUCCGAAGGGAUGGACCGGUACACGAUCGACUGGCCACCGGCGUCGAUCGACCUCAUCUCGCAGUUUGCGAGCAUGGGCAAACCGGUGAUUGUGCUGCAGAUGGGCGACCAAAUCGACAACACGCCCUUGCUCACCAACCCCAACAUCUCGGCGAUAGUCUGGGGCGGCUACCCCGGCAUGGCGGGCGGCGACGCGCUCAUCAACGUCCUGACGGGCAAAUAUGCACCCGCAGGCCGUCUCCCCGUCACGCAAUACCCCGCCAAGUACGUCGACCAGGUGGCGCUGACGGACAUGGCGCUGCGUCCGAACAAGACGUCCGGGUCUCCCGGGAGGACGUACAUCUGGUACGAAGACGAGGCUGUCGUCCCGUUCGGGUUCGGGAUGCACUACACCAACUUCAGCGUGUCGGCGGCCCAGACGAGCGGGCCGUCGAGCUACGACAUCUCCCAGCUCGUGUCCCGGUGUGACUCCGACGCGGCCGCCACGUAUCCUUACAAGGACCUCUGCCCGUUCGAGACGCUCGACGUGACCGUCACGAACACGGGCAAGGUGACGUCCGACUUUGUCACGCUGGCCUUCGUAACCGGCCAGUACGGCCCGCCGCCGUAUCCGAACAAGCAGCUCGUCGCGUACGAGAGGCUGUUCGACGUCUCCGGCGGCGCGUCGGCCACUGCGACCCUGAACCUGACGCUGGGUAGCCUGGGGAGACGCGACGAGGACGGAAACCUGGUCUUGUACCCCGGCGAUUACGCCGUGUUGAUCGACGUGCCUACCCAGGCAACGGUCAAUUUCACCUUGACGGGGUCGCAGGCCGUUUUGGAUCAGUGGCCGCAGAGGUCGAGCUAG